AUGGCGGCUAGGGACCGCUUCGGUGCCUAUGCUGAGCCGGGGCUAACACCGCUCCAGCGGGCAAUUCGAAAUGCCUGCGAUCCACAGAAUUACGAGCCGAACCUGGCCCUGAACCUCGAGGUUGCCGACCUGAUCAAUUCCAAGAAGGGCAAUGCACCACGAGAAGCUGCAGUUGAAAUUGUUCAGCUCAUCAAUGCCCGCAAUCAAAACAUAGCCUUGUUGGCGCUGGCGCUUCUUGAUAUUUGCGUGAAGAAUUGUGGCUAUCCAUUUCACCUACAAAUCAGCACGAAAGAAUUUCUCAAUGAGCUAGUGCGAAGGUUUCCAGAGCGCCCGCCGAUGCGCGCCUCGCGAGUACAACACCGCAUCUUGGAGUCGAUUGAGGAAUGGCGCCAGACCAUUUGCCAGACAUCGCGUUACAAGGAGGAUCUGGGCUUUAUCCGGGACAUGCAUCGUCUUCUUCUCUACAAAGGCUACGCGUUCCCUGAGGUCCGCCGUGAAGAUGCGGCGGUGUUGAAUCCCAGUGACAACCUUCGUUCGGCCGAGGAGAUGGAGGAGGAAGAGAGGGAAGCGCAAUCCGCCAAGCUUCAAGAACUUAUUCGACGGGGCACACCUGCGGACCUCCAGGAAGCAAACCGGUUAAUGAAGGUCAUGGCCGGAUAUGACAACCGACACAAGACUGACUACCGUGCGAAGGCCGCAGAAGAAGUCGCCAAAGUGCAGCAAAAGGCAAAGAUCUUGGAGGAAAUGUUGCAAAGCCAUCAGCCCGGCGAUGGCGCCCCGCAAGGAGAUGUCUUUGAGGAGUUGGCCAAUGCGCUGCAAAGUGCGCAUCCCAAGAUUCAAAGGAUGUGUGAAGAGGAGUCGGAUGACCCAGAGGCCGUGCACAAGCUCCUCGAGAUCAAUGACAGCAUUCACCGCACGAUCGAGCGCUACAAGCUCGUCCGCAAAGGCGAAUUUGAUGCGGCAUCGAAGAUCCCUAAGGGUACUUUGGGCACCACCACCGGAGUAUCAAAGAACGCCAACAAUGAGUUUUCUCUCAUCGACUUCGAUCCCGAACCCACGUCCAGUUCCAACGGGCAAGCUGCCGGAUCGUCGGCCCAACAAAAUGUGUUAGAGAACGACCUUCUUGGACUGUCCCUCGACGAAGAGGUACCAGCCCUGGGAAGCGGGAUUUCAUUGGGUACCUCAAGCACGGGCUUCCCUCCUCUGCAAGGCGGCUCAGGUCCAACGACAACAUCCACACCACCUCCCCAGCAGGCCACUGCUCCGGCCCAACCCAAUUACGAUAUAUUCGCAUCUGUGAACUUGUCUCAGCCAGGGUCUCAGUCCUCUACGCCAGUUCCAGGUGUCUUACCUAACUACCGGCCGACUGCGACUCCUCCGCAGGCGGCAGAUCCUUUCGCGGCGCUGGUCUCAGCCAGCCCUCGGCCGAGACUCGGACCCUCUCAACCACCGACAGGGCCAAGCCAAGCCGGGGGUAUGUCUUCAUCCGCGCUGCUUGACCUGGCAGCGGAUGUCAGUACUCCUUCUCCGCCGCAGGCUGCAACAUCACAAGCCUCGGCAGAAGAUGAUGAGUGGAACUUUGCAUCGUCGCUCCCACAGAGCAACACCCUUCCUUCGACCAAUAAAAUCCUUGUCCUCAACUCACAACUCCGUAUCGAUUUCGUGGCUCGUCGUCUCCCUAGUGCGCCUCGGCAGAUCUUCAUCCAGGCUGUCUUCUCAAACACGACUACUCAGCCCAUCGGGGAAUUACAUUUCCAGGUCGCAGUGGAGAGGGCCUAUACACUCCAACUACGCCCACAGUCUGGCCGUGAAGUCGCGCCACAGCAACAGUUUGGCGUCAAGCAGGAGAUGGUCCUUGACGGAGUUGAUCACGGAAAAGGGAACUCGGUCAAGAUUCGCUUCAAGGUUUCCUACAAGCUCGGUGCCGAACCUCGUGAAGAGCAAGGCAUGGUGCCUUCCCUGGGAGUCGCAUGA